AUGUUGGACGAAAGAUCGCUUGAAAUAAUAUCCAAAUUUAAGCAGUCCUUAGUGACAGCACCGGCUAAGAGUGGCCUCAACGGGCUGUUUGCCAAUAGAGGAUCCAAAUCGAUAGCGGCCCCCACACUGGCGCUUUUAAACAGCCAUAUUCUUACUCCCAAAAUCGUGGAAUACGAAGGUUCCAAAAGACUAGUGUUGACCAAUGAUUCCAUAGAACGCAACAACCACAGAAGGAAGAGGAAGUGGAGACAAACGUACGGAGAUCCGGCUGAGGUAAGGAAAAGGAUCAGACAGAAGGAAGAACAACAGCAACAUUUCCAGCUGGAUGAAGCCGACGAAGAUGAACAGGAUGAAGCCCAGCAAGCUUAUAACACUAAUAAUAACAACACAAACAGAAAGCAGAUUGCAAUCAGCAAAGAAAAUGGUCAUAGAGGAGAUGAUGACGAAGGAGAAGCAGACUACGACGAAGAGCAAGGUGAAGACUUCUCUGAACCUGAUUCCGAUGGAGACUUUGAAUCUGAAACGUCCGAUUCUGAGGCACACCCCUUCUCUCGAAUCAACUUGACAGAAAUCUUGACGCCAUUGACUCACCCUUCGGAAAUAAUCUCCCAUCCUGCCAUACUGAAAACGUAUAACCUGCAAGUCUUCCGUAAAUUGGCAUCUGAACUAAUUGAGCUUAUUGAAUUGGAGCAGGAGAAUUUGAACUGGUUGAACAAAUUGUUGCAGGUGUUGAAUGGAGAGGAUUGGUUCUACUUGUUGGAGGAGAACUUGGGAUUACCCAAGUACGACCAUGGUUUGAAUCAGGUCAGUGAUGACGAAACACCAAAUACAAGCGUGGUGAGCAAGGAUGGCGAUUCCGCAAAGGAAAAGGCUGCUGCUUCAGAGACCACCACAGAGAGGGAAGAAGUUUCGUCGUCGGUCACAGAAGGAGGAGAAGACAGCUUACCCAAAAGGAUUACCAGAACAGCAGCGACACAGGAAGACAAGGAAAAGGAUAUUGAUCCCUUUUUUGCGGUUCCAGAGGCGUUGAAGACGUAUGAAGCGUAUCAAACCCAGCAAUUAGAAGAUACCAGUAGUACUGAAGAAAUAAUCAAGGAAGAGUUAGUGAAUUACCUCCAAGUUAGCAUCCAAAGACAACAGGAAUAUAUAAAGAACUUGACGCAGUUGAGGAAUGGAAUAGUGCGCAGUGACCGUUUAAAGGGAGAUUUAUUCAAGUGGGGCAAGGAGAUGCAUGACAAGAGAAGCAGCUAG